AUGAUCAUCCGCCCAUGCAUUCUACUUAAAAACAGCUUCAAGGGAAGACGACGCACAAGCGAAACUGUCGGGUUGAGUUCGGCUGGAUCUGACGCCACCUGGUGCAGAUCGACGGUGGCCACUGGAAGGCAAAAUGAAGCGGCCACCAAAGCGACCGUCGACGAAGGUCGUUUGAGCGACGACGACGGCAGCAGCGGCAGCGGCCUCAUCACCCCUCGGCCUGUUGCUCGGCGCUCCGUCAUCGUCGUCCGUCCGCCCGCCCAUCCGUCCUCUCUCUCUCCUCCUGCUCCUUCCUCUCCUCCUCCGUCGGCCAGCCGGAAUCGCUGCGAAGUCGCACUACGAAGCUACUCAGACUCACUGUCGCUCAUCGAGCCGGUCGACUUGAAGCAAACAGCGGCCGCCGCCGCCAAAGUCGUCGUUCAACAACGUCUGUCUGUUUGUCUGCAUGACAGAAAAGUAACGGAAGGACUGCCCCUUCGCGAACUUGCCUCAUCACCGAUACGUUCCGUCGGCUCGUCUGUUCAUUCGUCCGUCAUUCGUCCGUGUUCCUCCCGCUACGUUCCGUGCGUUGUCCCGCCGUCCCGUCCCGUCCGUCCCGUUUCGCGAGUGAACGCGCGCGUGAAUUUUCCUGACAGCACAACGGACGUGGACCGGACCGGACCGGACAGACGGAAGUGGACCGACCUCCUCAGUCGUCUGUGA